CGCGCCGCCCCCGGAACCCGCGCCCGCGCCGCCGCCGCAUCUCAGCUCCCUGCAGGGGGAGGACGCCGAGCCGGGCGCCGAGACCUGUGCGCGCGCCUGCAGGGCGGACUUGGACGAGCACGAGUCCUACUGCGCCAGCGAGUUCGCAUUGAACGGAAUCGUGCAUGAUGUAGACGUCCUCGGCACAGGGAUCCGGCUGGUGACUCUCCUGGUGGACCGAGACGGGCUGUACAAGAUGAACCGCCUGUACAUCACUCCGGACGGGUUUUUCUUCCGAGUCCACAUACUAGCCCUAGACUCCUCUAGUUGCAAUAAGCCAUGUCCAGAAUUUAAGCCAGGCAGCAGGUAUAUUGUGAUGGGCCACAUCUACCAUAAGAGAAGGCAGCUUCCUACAGCUCUGCUUCAGAUCCUGAGAGGACGCCUUCGCCCAGGAGAUGGACUACUCAGGAGCAGCAGCAGCUAUGUGAAAAGAUUUAACCGAAAAAGGGAUGGGCAAGUGCAAGGGGCAAUUCAUGCCCAGUGCAUCUGAAAAACACCAGCUGGGCAUUUCUGGAUCUGAAACUUAAAUUCUGCAAUGAGACAGGAAAGGCCUUAUCAUCAUAUAAUGGGAUUUUCCUUUAGAAAGGGCACAUAGUCCCUUUAGGAACUAUUUGAAAGUCCCAACUCUCAUCUUGAAGUCACUGUCUUAUUUACAAAAGGCUUCUUAACUGGUUAUGCUUCUGAGCUCCAUGGUGGGGUUAUUCAACUGGUGUGCCAGUUCUUCACACAAGCUCAGCUCACUGACCUGUCCAGUUAACAGAUCACUGCUUCAUGUUGUUUAUUUUUAAUUAUUUUAAUUUAAAUACAUUCUUCAGUAGAAAUAGUUCACAAAAACAUUUGCUUGAUCUUAAAUAUACAAUUCCAAGUAGUUUAUAUCAUGUAUCAAACCAGAUUUUAUACUAAAACCAUCACAUUUUAAAUUCUGUACAUAACAGUAAGUGCACUAGUCAGACGUAUGAAAUGUCAUUUAGAUCACAUUCAGAUCAAACACUAAAGUUGGAGCCCAAGACAAGUAUUGAAGUUUUCCACUUAAGAGUACCGAAGGUCUUAUUUCAAGCAAACAGGUGUUCCUGAUGUACCAAAAUACAAGAUACAGUUUAUUUUCACGCCUCCCAGGUUCUAAAAUCCUGUUUUGUGCCAUAUUGGCAGCUAUCCCAAUGCCAAACAUAUUCUGGGUGUAUCUGAUGUCAUUUUUCUAUUAAGACCAAGUAUCAUGUUUGUGUUUGUAAAGCAGUAAAUCUUGCUGUGAAAUCA